AUGGGGGGAAAGACCAAAUCCCUCGGGCAGACGUUGCUCACCGCUUUGCCAUUGUCUUCCGAGAUCAUGUCCUACAAAGUACCUGGCGACUUCAAAUUUCCGGAACAAGCCACCUUCGACGGAUCCAGAGACCCACGCGAGCAUCUGCUUAGCUAUCAGGCCAAAAUGCAGGUCCUGGGAGUGCAAGACUCGGUGAUGUGUCGCGCCUUCUUGCCCACGCUGAAAGGCUCGGCACAAAGGUGGUUAGUGGCGCUGCCUUCUAAGUCGAUUCACAGUUUCGAGGAGUUAGCCGACCGCUUCAUGAGCCAUUACGCGGCCAACAUCAAGCCACAGAAGGAUCUGACUCACCUGGGAGACGUCCACCAAGAGGAAGGCGAGUCACUGAAAGCCUACUUGGUUCGAUGGCAAGAGGAGAUUCAGUCUAUCGAGGAGGUCGAAGAUCUUACCGCACUCACUUUCUUCACCGAAUCUUUGCGAUCCGGGCAGUUGUACCGGGAUCUGCGAGAUAACCGCGCUGCUACCUACGCGGAAGCCAUACACAUGUCCAAUAAAAGGGCUAACACGGAGCAGGCCAUGAAGCAUAAGCGGCAACGCGAAGUCGGAGGAUCAGCCGGCGGAAAGAGGACCCGCGCGGAAAUCAAGGAAAGGCGCGCGGAAGGGGCUCGGUGA